AUGGCUAUUACCGAAGUUGUUAAGGUUAAAUUCAAGGAAGCAAGAAGCACAGAAGUCUCAGGAAAGCUCCUAGUUUCUUAUCACUCUAUAUAUCAGAAAGUCCACCGGGACCUUGACGGCGUUCUACACCUGGACGUAGACAUUGGAACUCGUUCCAGGCCAUUGUUUUCACUCCGAGCUCCUACUGAUCUACUCUCGUUGCCGGCUUACCACUAUGCCUACCUUUUACAUGAGGUCUCAACGACCCUCCUCGCAACGCACCUCAAUCUUGAUCCUCAGAUAAACCACUCCGUGACUCUCCAGAUAGCGUCACAUGCAACAAGAUUAUUGAUGGCCAAGGCACAACCUUUUGGCUACUCCAUUAAGGCCGAGCUGGAACUCCUUCGGUUUGAAGAGUCAGUGACCGAUAAAGAUGGCGAUGAAGUUGUGGAUUAUGGUACUUGCUCUGUGUGUUUAGAGGAUUUUUCUUCAACAGUUGGGUCACAGAUGGUUGUGACGGACUGCUCACAUUUUUAUCACGCUUCUUGCUUACUUCCUUGGCUAAAGAGGCAGAAUACUUGUCCCACAUGCCGCCGUCGCGUCGUCGAAUAG